AUGGAGUCAGCCGUCACCGCAGAACCCAAUUGGAGCCGGCCAAGCCUCACCACCUUGCCGCGGGAAAUUCGGAACCAGAUCUAUCGCCAUCUCGUCGUCAGCUCUAAACCAAUCAAAGUGUGCUAUGAUUACGAUUCCUUAUGGCUAUAUCUGAAAGCCGGGAGGCAAAACAGAGACGUCAGCACUGAGUUCCUUUGCCAUGCGGUAGAGGGUUCCGAAAUUGCAGUUGAGGUCUACGAGGAGUUCUUUCGCAAUAACACCUUCGACUGCGGCAGCUGUGAGAACUUACGACGAUUUUUGACCACUACCACCACCCGCUUCAACUUUCAUAACAACUUGUUUCCUGAUACGUCGAACCACGGGUACCUGAAGUUUGAAAAAAAACCGUGGAUACGCAAGGUGCAAGUUUCAAUCUUCUCCAACGUCCUCGAGCGCAAGCUUUCCGGACAUCUGACACAUCUUUUGGGGUGCUCCCAUCUGCAACAGGUCGAAAUCAUAGUCUUCGGGCUUACCAGCCAAAGCUAUGAGAUCAAUCCUGUCGAUCGGACUAUUGAAGCAAUUGCGAGACUGUGCAAGAGCAUCCGCGGUAAGAUCGGGGGUGGACUCAUUGUCAAGGUACAAAAAGAUUGGGGCGAGGCUCCAUCGGCAUCGUCGAUGGGUCAUGCCAUGAUCAGCAACCCCGAAUUAGAGAGUGUGAGCUGGAUGUGGGAGGAGCCUAGCGAGGAGGCCAGAGGAAGAUUCAGGAAGGGGCUUGGGACACAUAAAGAGAAGAUUCAAGUGCUUAUGUCCGCAGGAUGGGCAGAGAAGAAGGGGAAAGUAGGAGCUUGGGCAAAACAUUGGCGCGAAGACCGCAAUGAACAGCAGCAGUUGAAGAAGUCCCAACUCAGAAUGCUGCAGGAGGAAACUUGA